CCAAAACUACAAAACUCCCAAACAAAAAACCUACAUAUAAAUAUACGCAUUCUUCUCAGGACUUUACACUUCCUCAAUUUUUAUUUUUUUGGGUGCGAAAAAGGGUUUCAAGCCAUGGCAGAAGUAGAUCAAAACAAGAAGAUCAAACCAAACAAUCCAAAAACUUAUCAAGUGAGAAAAGAAUGCAUAAAGAGGAAAACAAUGGAGCUUUCAACUCUCUGUGAUAUUCCCGUCUGUACUAUUAUUACAAGUCCACAAGGAGAACUCCAAACUUGGCCUGAAAGCUUGGAUGCUGUUAAAGAAGUUCUUGCUAUGUAUACUCAAAAUAAAAAACCGGAAAAAAAGGCCAAGGAACUAUCAUCAUCAUCAGAAGAAAAAGAAAAAGAUGAAGAAGAACAAGGAGAGAAAGAUAUUCUGACCCUAGUGGAAUCCAAACUUGAUGCUGUGAACAAGAGAAUUCGUUUCUUGGAGGACAAGAAUGUUGUUGGUAAGGGUAAAAGAAAGAGAAUUGAAUGAUUUGUUGACAUGGGGGGUGGUGGGGGGGGGGGGGUGUUUAUUUUCUGAAUUUUGGUAACUAGAGUUUCGAUUUAUAGAAGUUGAAAGAUUAUCUGAUUUGGGAAGUGUGUCUUUUACCUUCAAUAUGAAUAUACCUAUAUUUUGCACCUUGGCGUU